AUGAAUCCCUGGGAAGAGGCCCUCGGCGCUUCUGCUUCCGAGAUCGUGGAACUUCUGGAGCAGGAUGCUUCCUCCUUCCCACCCUUGACGCUGAGUCCAAAGGCGGAGAGGCCUCAAGUGCAGUCUGCGUGGACCAGGCGCUUGCGGCUGGAGAAGGACCACGGAGUCUCCACGGCCACGACACCUUCCGCUCGUUCUGGUGUGCCUCCCACGCCACCACCCCGAGAGCCCCCGCAGCUGCAGCUCGUUCAGCCAGCGGCAUCAUUGGCACAGUCCUCGAUGCAGCCGCCGGUGCCGCAGCCAGCAGCGCCUGCCGUGCAGCCAGCAGCGAAACCAGCAGCCCAACCAGCAGCAAAGCCAGCAGCACAGCCAGCAGCACAGCCAGCAGCACAGCCAGCAGCACAACCAGUGGCACAGCCAGCGGCACAGCCGCCGCCGCAGUCGCCAAGCAAUGCAGCAGGGAGUGAGACGACCCGGAUGAAAGAGAGUGCCCUUAAGGGGCCUCAGGAAUUUGCGGCCCCGGCGGUGCCCAGCGAGGCCGCGCCCGAUAUGUUCGAAGACGACCUGGGGAGUGAUUCCUUCCGCAGCCUUUCGGAGGACGACGAGUUGGACUCGGAGGUGGCGGAGGAGGAGCCGGAGCCGGCAUCAGCCGAGGCAGAGAAGCUGGAGAAGCUGCUUGCCGAAAUGCAGCAGCAAGCAGACGUGCUUAGCGUGGGUGACCUGAAAGAUCGCCUCGUGUCCGGCACCUUCCGUGUCCUGUCCGGGUCCGACUUCCGGAACCGGCGAUCCCGAGCGCAGAUCAUCGUGGACCAGGGCCCCCCUAGCAUGCUGGGCCGCCGGGUGCACGUGAUCGGGGCGAUGAACCGCAACCACGCCUGGGACCAUGACCGCUGCUGGGUCCGGGUCCUCGCGGCCAGGGUGGAGGUCGAGGAUGGUCAGGUGGCCCGGCGGCAGCGUAGGACCGAGGACCUGAAGCGACCCUGGGACCCCGCGACUGCGGAGGCCACGGUGCUUUUUGGGCAGGUGCUGCAUGCAGUGCAGCAGCUGAGCCCCCGACAGAGCAAGGUGGUCUGCGUGCGCAGCCGCCUGGUGCGCAGCCUCAAGAGCAUGUGCUUCCGCCCCAUCAACGGCAAGUUCCCCUUGAUCACGGUACCCUGGAACCCACUGAAGCCGCCUCCUGAGCUCCACGACCUCCACGUCGUCGAUCUCCAGUGCUGGAAGAACCAGCUUCCCAUGGGUUGCCACGAGGAAGUGUUGCACAUGCAGAGCCGCGACUCCGACGAGACCGUGCUCUAUGCCAUCAAGAGGUCGCUAAACUUCUGCGACUGGGAGGAUCACUCGGUCCUGAGCUCCAUCCCCAUCGGCGACGUGCAGCACCAGGAGCUGCUGCAACGCAGCCGUCGGCGCCAGGACCUGCGGCACCAACUGGCCGUGUGCAUCGAGCAGCCGGGUUGGCCGGGGAACCUUGCCUUGUCCCUCACGGAGGAGGCCUUGCAGGUGCAUGUCUUGGAUGUGUCUGCCUACAUGGCCAACGACAUGUCUGGGAAGGACUUGGAGCUUCAAGCGCGGAGCAGGGCCUGCAGCGCCUGGCUCGCCGACCACCUUGACCGGCCCUCUUCGGCGAGCCUGCCGCUGCUGCAGCCGGAGUUCAUCGACAAGGUGGGCUUCGCCGAUGCCGCGGAGCGCUUGGCCCUGACCUUCACGAUCCCGCGAGACCCGAGGGCGCCGCCCAUGUCCAUCGAGCACUGCGAGUCGAUCGUGCGCUGCCACCAGCGCCUCAGCUACGUGGAGGCCGAGCAGAGCAUCGCUGGCGGAGGGGGCUGCGAAGAUGUCGCCGCCUUGCUUCAGGGCUUGUCCCUGUUCACGGAGCAGUUGGAGGCCGCAGCCCUCCAGGGCGGCGAGUCUUUCCCCUUGGAGCACUGGGAUCCGCAAGUCGGGUUGCGGGACCCCCUGGCAGCGGCCACGCUGCGGGCCCGGCGCAUCGUGGGCUGCUGCUCCUUCCUGGUGAACCGCUAUGCGGGGUACGUGUUGAGCGACGUGGCCCUCUGGCACGGCUUUCUCCAAGACCAGGCAGACAAGCCGUCGAUGCCCUGUUGGGUCUUCGCGAAGCCGGACGCCCAGAACCACCGCUCCCUUCAUCGGCUGCUCCGCCAGCAUUCCGGCAGCGUGUCGGCUGGGAUCAGCACACGGGAAGUGCUCGAGGCCCUGAGCUCGGCCUUGGACCAGGAUCGCCUCACCGGAGUUCAGCAGUACGCCCUGCAGAAGGCCUUCCUGCGGCAGAUACGGAUGGCGCUGCCGGGAGGCUUCUACCGCUGCCAGGCGGCGGUGGAGGAGGCCAAGCGGCCGCGGCAGCUGUUUCAGCGCCCGCGGAUCUUCCACGUCUCCGCUCCUCUGGAUCGGUACAUCGACAUCCUUGGCCAGCGGCUGCUGAAGCGGUUGAAGGGAUGGCAGCCCGGCGUCGGCGAGACCUGGCUCCGGCCAACGGUGCAGCAGAUCCGGGAGACAGUCGACCGCACGAACCCGCGCCUGGACGGAUUGCGUUUCGCCGGAUUCAUCUACCGCCAGAUCUGCAUGAUGCGAGACUUGCGGUGCUCCUCAAAGAGAGUUCCCAACGCCGUGGUGGGCUUCGUGGGGCCGUCUAUGUUCGAGGUACUGGUGCCGCUCGCGUCCAGCGCGCACGUGAGCCUGCAGGUUCCCACCAGUGUCGGUGGGUGGCGGCACAUCCGGCGCCCAGCGCCCUUGUUGGAUGUUGUGCAAGAAGCCAUUGAAGGAAGCUUGACCUCGUCGCUGGAGUUCGACACGGAGAUGCAGUGCCUCCGAGUGGUGCCGCUGGGCCACCGAACUCAAGACAUCCCAGAACACGGACCCCUGGCGGAAGAGCAGCAUGCGAGCACGGUGGAGCAUCGAGCCAUGGGGUGCCACCAAGGCCGGAGGAGGGAGGAGUUUUAUGAGGUGUCGCCCCCGCUUGCCGAGGUCGAGGUCACGGUUUCCAGGAAUUUCGCCCAGCCCAUCGACCACCACGCGGCCGCGAAUGCCAUGAUAGUCUCGAACAUCGUGUUCGACACUUGCUCGGGGCCCGUGGACAUGAGCAUCGGGCACCGGAUGUACCCUGAAGUCUUCUCCGAGUUCCCUGACCUGAAGGACUGCCACCUCAUGGAAACGCAGCUUCAUGCGUACGCGACAACGUGGUCCAAGAUCUGGCGAUGCCGCACGCACGCAGGGGCAGCCGCAGCCGCUGCCUACUCGCAGCCGUUGCAGCCCUCGAGGCUUCAGCUGCUCGAAGGGGCCUUCGAGUGCGUCUCGGCGGGCAAUGUCCUGCUGGGCUCCGAGGAGAUCCGCUUUGAGAAAGGCGACCUCGCGAUUCUGCGCUGUGUGGACGGCGACCGCGAGGUGCUGCUGUAUGGCUUAGUGGAGGAGUUCCAGCCCGCCAAGACGCAGUACAAGGUCAAGCCCUGCAACCGGGGGGCCCACUGCAGCCGACAGAACUGCGACUUCUUGCACCCGGGAGAGGAGGUCCAGGAGGCCCUCUUCGCCCUCCGCGUGCAGCUCUCCGAGGUGAGCGCCCUGGCGCGGCGCCACCAGGGCGAGGCCUUGCUCGGCGCCCUCCGCCGCCUCGGCAGCGCGGCCUUGCGCCUGCAGCUGGUCGGAAUACCCGUCGUGGACCGCCAGAACCUGAAUUUGGUGAAGCAGCUGCCGGAGAAGCUGCGCACGCGCCAGGGCCGCGCCGAAGCCUCCCCUGUGGCCGCGCACCUCACGCAAUUUCGGGCCCCGAAUGUGGAGCAGGAGGAUAGGGAGAAGAGGCCUCUGGCCAGCAUCGCGCAGGUGGAGCGGGCCAUCAGACAUGGGCAGUACCAGGUCACGGGCACCAGCAUCAACGAGCUGCAGCUUGCUGGGCUCCAGUGCGGUCUGCAGCACGACUUCUCGGUGAUCCAGGGCCCUCCAGGCACCGGGAAGACCACCUUCCUGGUGCAUCUCGUCACCGCCCUCGCGAACCUGGAGCUGGAUCCCACGCUGCCGCGCUUCCGGGCCGAGAAUGCUCGGAGUGGUUCUUCACGUCCCGCUGCGCAAGAGCGGGCAGGAAGAAUUCUGGUGACGACGCCGUCGAACCAGGCGGCUGACGAGUGCCUGCGCAAGCUGGUCAAGGACACCACAAUCCCACGGCAGUACAUCACCAGAGUGUACGCGCGAACCAUCGAGUACAAGUACGGCAGCAAGCUGAAGGGCGACCCCCUGGACUCCGGCAUCUCGCGAACGGAGCACAAGGUGGCAGAUGACCUGCAACCCUACUCGCUGCACUUCAAGGUCAUCAACAGCCAGGAGGUGCAGCGUGUGGAGGGGAGACCGCAGGGUGACUACGACCAGGCUUACGAGGCGAGGGAGCAAGCCAUCCUGGAGAAGACGAAGAUCGUGAUCACAACCUGCAGCUCCGCCCUCUCACACGGUGCCCUGAAGGAAGCACCCAAGCCGGACAAAAAGAGAGGCCCUGGUUUGACUUUCCGAUCCGUGAUUGUGGAUGAGUGCGCCCAGGCCACCGAGCCGGAGGUCGUCCUGCCUUUGCUGCGUGCGCAAGACAGGGCCAUCCUCAUCGGUGACCACAAGCAGUUGGGCCCGGUGGUCACCGAGCACAACCUCUGCAAGGCCUACCUCGUCAUGCUGGAGAGGCCGAUCCUGGAGAGGCUCGCCAACCGCCGGCCCGACCGCGACACAGGACCCACGCGCAGCUUCGCAUCGACGAUGCUCGAGAAGCAGUACCGCAUGCACGACACUAUCUGCUCCUUCCCGUCCAAGCACUUCUACGACAACCGCCUCCAGAAUGCACAGGGCUUGUCUCUGAAACCGCCUGUGCCGAGCGUGUGGCCGAGCAAGACAGACCGAGUUGUCUGGUACGAUUGCUCCCACCCGCAUCGUCUUGGCAGCGUGAUCAGCGUAGGCAACGCCCGCUCACUCAACACGACAGUACUGGAGAACAACACCUCGUUGGAGAACGAGGGCGAGGCAGACAUCAUCAUCAAGGUGUACUGGAAGUUGAUGGAGAGCGGCCACUGCCGGGCCGAGGACGUCGCCAUCGUCACGCCCUACAAGGCACAGGAGCAGCACAUCCAGCGGAGGCUGAAGGAGCUCCCGGGCAGCCUGGGCAAGUCUGCUGGCAUGACUGCUGUGGGGACGGUCUUCAGCAUGCAAGGCUCGGAGCGCCACUACAUCCUCUUGAGCUUCGUGCGAAGCACGGCGGAAGGAUGGGCGCUCAGCCACCUCUCCAUGCAAGGCUCCGCCAACGAGCUGCGCGUGUCCGUGUCCCAGCAGAACCCGGGCCUUCGGCAGACCUUCGAGAGCCACAUCGGAAUUGCCGGAAAGGCGACGCUGCUCAACGUCGCGCUGACCCGAGCGAAAAGCGGGCUUGUCAUCGUGGCGAACCGCACCAUCUUGAGCGAGGGCUCCGAGGACUUCUACCAACUCGCCACCGAUUUGGAGACCCGGGGAUGCUUCGUCCCCGAGGAUUGCUGUUGA